CUUUCUUUGCACUUCUCUGUGUUUCUUCAUACUCUCCUCCAUCUCUAAGUUUUUGCUUUCUAAUUUUUUCUUCUUUUUCAGCAGCUGUUAAAGCUAUCCUGAAAGACUGAACAAUACUACUUAGCACUUAUAACUAAAUGAGUGGCACUUUUUAAAAUUAGUUAUGAUGGUUUCUGGAGAAAAGAAAGAAUCUCCUCCAAAUCCUGAAAUUGUGUUGCAACAACUUCAAAUUUUCUUAAAUGGUGCCACUAGAAUAGCUAAAGUUAGGAAUACAGAGGUGGCACAGGCUGCAAUUGUUCUUUUGAAAUCUACCGAAGCUGCCAGAGAUGCUGCUUUAGAACAUGCUUAUAACCUUUUUGAUGAAUCAGUCAACAACUUUUUGAAACUUGAGAUUGAGGAAAGGACAACAGAAUCAGGGGAUACCAUAGUUCAUGAAUUUCAUAAAGUACUCUCAGGCUAUGUUGAAACAGAGCCAGAGACAUGGGCGCCAGCCAUAUCCACUUGGUCAUUGGACUUACUAGGGUAUCUCAGUAGCAAAUAUGCAGAUCGUAGGGGAGUGCUGCACGCCACUCUGCCAGAAGUAUUACAGCUAUGGAUGUCCUGCCCACCCACGAGUACUCUUAUUGAUUUGACCACUCAGUGUCUUUCCACAUUGGUCAACAGCAAUCCAGAUACCUGUAUUGAUGCGUUGAUCGAGACGUCUGUCCGGCACUCUCCGCAUUUUGACUGGGUCGUAGCUCACAUUGGUUCCUGUUUCCCCAAAACCGUCAUCAGCAGAGUCUUGGCGUGUGGAAUGAAAGAUUUCAUGCAUCACGACAUUCCAGAUGAAGCUACUCAGAAAAGCAAGAAUAAUCCUAAAAUUGCAUCCGUCGUCGGCAUUCUCGGACAUCUGGCCACUCACCACGACAGCGACAUGCGUGCCGCGGUCCGUACUUUAUUUGAUGAGAGUUUUUCUGACAAUGCUGUGAGAGAUCAAUUGGCUGCAGGUCCCUUUCUUUUACACCUCGCCGCAAUGUCCGACACCCUGUCUCAUGUGAUUUCGUCUGAAUUCGUAAAAGUUGUUAACCCUGAAGUAUUAAACAAGAUGUAUUGCCAGGUUGAAAAGUGGAAGUCUGCCAAAAUUCCUGGUACCGAGGGACUUGCAAGUCUAGUGGUGCAUUUAUUGUUGCGCAGUGAUGGGGGCUGCCAAGUGAUUAGGUGCUUGCUAAAUAUAAUGCCACCUUCUAAUGUUGAAAUUCAUGCUGGAAUUAAAUCAGCUGCUGGUUUGAUCUUAGAUUCAGUGUUACUAGAGAUCCAAAGACGUGCUUAUGGUGGUGCGGCGGAAAUUCCGUUGUUGCAUUUUCUCAAGACACACGUUUCAAAUCUGACCUGUUGCUUAUCAAAUCCUGAGACGAGUAAAGCGAGUUGGGUUUUGAAUCUCUUAAAGUUUAUUUGUUUCCAUGGGGAAGAUCCAGCUACUGUCUUUAUUUUUGGAUUCUUAAUAAGUAGCGUUGAAGGUUCUGCUUUAUAUGUGAGUAAUAUUUAUCAAGAUAUACAAAUGCAUCAACCCAAUGCUUUGUCUACUACAAUAUCGUAUCAGAUGGCAGAAUUGAAAUCGAACAGAAUCGAAAAGCCCGUGACUCUCAUCCAAAACAUAACUCAGUUGUGUCAGAGGGAACAAUGGCAUCAUCUGAUCACAGAAGGGAUGACCCCGAAUUUGGAAGUUCUUGCCGGACAAAUAAAUAGUAGGAAUACCGAUUAUUCGGAUGUCGUGGUGGAAUUGCUUUCUAUCUGCGUCAAUCCCAAACAGAUGCCUAUGAGCUCGCUCUUCACUGUCUGCAGCUGUGUUGUGAGUUAUUUCUUCCAUUUGCUUGGCAGACAGAAUUUAAGUUUAGUCAUAAAAAUCACACUCAUUAACAAUGUAAAAAGUCUUCUGGCAAAUUUGUGUCAGCAAUCUACCGCUCAACACGCGGUGCUUCGAAUGCUCUUGGAAUGUUUCAUCGAUAAGAAGUAUUGUUCUCUGUUCGGUUCGAGCGUCAAGACGAACGUUUCGGUGAACGUCAACAAGACGAAUCUCCUGAUGGAGAAUACUAAGUACAUGUCUGCCAUCACCCUACCCCAGAGUCAUUCUUCUGUAUUUCAUUCGGGAAUCAUAGGUUCGGGCCUGAGAGUGAGUGUCAGCGAUUCAAAGUUCGAUAAAGACGUCGUACUCUUGAAUAAGCAGGUCGCCCUCGAUGUCAUACAAUCUUGUUGCAAAGCCUCCUGGAGAUUUCCCCUGGAUGAGCAGCCACAAGAAAGAAACCUCAUACCAGGAAUGAAAAUUGUUGCCCUUCUCAUGGUUGAACUUGUCUCACCAGAUGUCAUGUUCAAUGGGUUGCCCUGGCCGGACGAAGACUACCUAAAGGUGACGGUGGAAAGGGAUUUACACAUUAAAAGGAUGUUUGAAGAGAACUGCCUGCUGUGGGAUUUGCUCUCCCUGAUCGCAUCCGUGCAUCCUUCUCUCUGCUAUUGCAGUGUGCUUUUAAGAGCCAUUAUGGCUGUACUCUUGACAUUCUGGUGCAGCAGCCAGGAAAAGACGACGAGAAACUGUCCCAAGGAACUCCUGAUGAGCCAACGCCUCAUUACGAUCAUGGCAAUGGGACAACUUUUACCUCCCCCCCUCUCCUACAUUGAUGAAGUCCUCCCCCUCAUCACCCCCUACGAGGCAUUCAGUUUACUCUCGGAUGUGUGGCAGUACAUGCGGGAUAAUGUACCCAGUCCGGCUCUCUUUUUUUCCAAAAACUCAAACAGAGUUUGGAGAGAAUUCAGUGAUGAAUCAAAACUUAGUUGUGAUAAGAAAUAUACCAAUAAGCUUAGAUUCAUUCUCUUUGCAAACAUUGAGAAAUUUGGAGCUGCUUACGCAAAGUUUUUCCCAUCAGAAUUGAACUGAAAUAUUUGUUGUGACAAUUUACAUAAGAUUAAUAAAAAAAAGGUGUUAAUAACUGCUA